AUGGACGUCAUAAAAAAAGCAAUCGUGAUGAAGGUCAUCGGUCGUACGGGCUCUCGUGGCCAGGUGACACAGGUUCGUGUUAAAUUCUUAGACGACCAAAAUAGACAGAUUAUGCGAAAUGUGAAGGGCCCGGUGCGAGAAGGCGACAUAUUGACGUUGAUGGAAUCUGAGCGUGAGGCUCGACGGUUAAGAUAA